GAACUGGCAGGCGGCCAGCAGGCCGGUCGGGGCGAUGCCGGCGGCGGCGGCGGCUCCCGGGUAGACGGGCCCCCGCGCGGCUCCCUUGCGGCGAUGGCCGCCGCCUCGCUGGGGCGCCACCCUCUGCUCUUCCUGCUCCUCGCCGCCGCCGCCGCCGCCCCCUCGCCGCUCGAGAAGAAGGAGGCUGAGCGGGCCGACAGCGCCGAGGAUCCCGCGUUUGCUUCUGAGUAUUUUUCACAGAGUUCGCAGACGCUGUCCUUCUACAGUUGGUAUGGAAGUGCCAAACUCUUCCGCUUCCGUGUCCCGGAGGACACGGUGCUGCUGCGCUGGCUCCUGCAGGCUUCCAAAGGCAAAGGCCCUGGAUGUGGCAAGACUCAGGUCACCUUCCACAUCCGCUAUGGUGCCCCUCCGGUCAUCAACCCCCUGGGCACGCAGUUUCCCGUGAACACAAGCGUGCCUCCUUCCUUCAGCCAGACACUGACACUAGAUGCUACCCUGCAGAACAGCACAUUUGUCAACCUCACCAAUCCGGCUGCUGGUGACUGGUUUCUCGCUGCCCACCUGCCGGCGGCCUCAAGCAAGAUUGAGGUGAAGGGCUUCUCCAGAACUUGCGCCUAUACCUUCCAGCCUGACCUGUUUUUGCUGCGCCGUGUGGACGUGGUAGUCCUUGAGCCUGAUGUGCCCACACAACAGGCUCUGUCCCAGGGGGCCAGAAGGCCACUUCAUGCCAAGGUCUUUGUCCCAGAGUACAUCGCUGGGUUGCGCUUUGAGCUGGGGAACUGCACGGAGAAUGGCUCUGCAGCGGCCUGCGCCCUCCGGGUCACACUGGGCUUGGCUGUGCUCUCUUGGUCUUCCCAGAAGGUGCUUCCCUGCCUGGAGGCUUGCAGUGUCUUCCUGACUUCCCCGCCAUGGGGAAGGUGGGUUUGGAUCACGGUGGAGAGCCUUGGCGGUGCUGGUGCCAGGGUUUCCUUUGAGAUGACAGCGUUCUUCAUAGCGUGCAAGCCGGCGGGUGCUGCCUCCUUCCUUGGCUUCUACCAGAGCUGGAAGCAGGACCAGGGGAUGCCGAUGCUGGGGGGCAGCCUCAACAGCACGCUGCUUGCCACGGACAGCAUCCAUGAUGCAUCUGGCCCAGGAAGCUCCUGCCUGCGUGGCCAGCCGGUGGUCCGCGAGGAGCUGGAUGUUGCGUCGGUGCGCUUCCGGACCCUCGGGGAUUCCACCGUGCUUGUGCGGAGCGAACUUCCCACUCUGCUCCUCUUUAACCUAAAUUCGGGCAUGGACAGUGGAGGGAGCCUGGUGCUGAACCUGAUGCUGAAUGAGACUUCUGUGGGCCUUGGAAAUGCCACGGUGUGGGCCUGCUUGAGUUCCAUGUCCCCUGCACUUUUCCUGAACGGGUCCUGGGGCUGCUGGACAGCCUUCUCCCAGGGCCACCUGCUGAACAUGAGCACGUCCUCCAGGGAAGCAGCCGUCAUUGUCCCAUACCCAGAAUCUGACAACUGGUACCUGUCCCUGAAGCUGCGCUGCCCAAAGGAGUCAGAAGACUGUGACCAAGCUCAGGGCCAGGUGUCUGUGCUUGCCUACCUCACCCCCUGCUUUGAUGACUGCGGGACCUACGGACAGUGCAGCCUCAUGAGGCGCCAUGGCUACCUCUAUGCUGGCUGCACCUGCAAGGCUGGUUGGGCUGGCUGGAGCUGCACAGAUGGAACCAAAGCCCAGUCUGAAGGCACACAGAUCCUGGCCACCCUCUUGCUCACCCUCAGCAACCUGCUCUUCCUGCCUGCCAUCACUGUUGCCCUUUACCACUACCACCUGGUUGAGGCCUCCGUCUACACCUUUACCAUGUUCUUCUCCACAUUCUACCACGCCUGUGACCAGCCUGGCAUUGCUGUAAUGUGCAUUAUGGACUACGACACAUUGCAGUUCUGUGACUUUCUGGGCUCUGUCGUCUCCAUCUGGGUGACCAUUCUGUGCAUGGCACGAGUCGAGAAGAUCCUGAAAUAUGUCCUCUGUGUGCUAGGGACCCUGGUCAUUGCGAUGUCACUGCAGCUGGACCGCAGGGGGGUCUGGAACAUGAUGGGCCCCUGUGUCUUUGCCCUCACCGUCAUGGCCACCAUUUGGGUCUAUCGUGGGGUCUCCCGGCGUCGCUGCUAUCCUCCAUCCUGGAAGCGCUGGGCCUUUUUCCUCUUCCCCGGGACCAGCCUAGCAUUCGUGGCCAUAGCAGUCUAUGCCUGCCUGGAAACCACCGAGAACUACUAUUACACCCACAGUAUCUGGCACGUCCUGGUGGCCAGCAGCGUGGCCUUCCUCCUCCCCCCCGGAGAUAAGCAGGAGGAGCCAUGGUCCUGGUCCUGUAAGCUGCUGUGCCAUUACCAGAUCUGUAAGAACGACCGGGAAGAACUCUACGCAGUGAGUUGACCGACUGAACGAGGAGGGAGCCAAUGCAGCACUUAAUUUGGCAGGAGGAAUGUGGCCCCUGCACAUUCUUCCUGCUGCGCUGGAGGAAAAUCAAGGAAGCCGAGCAAUGCAAUAUAUGACCAGGAGAGGAGGAUGUCUGAUGGAGCCUGUGCCUUUCUGAAUCUUGGGAAAUGUGGCUUAGUCUUGAGGCAGCUGCAGCAGUAAUGAGCAGCAACAAGGAAAUGGGUGCUUCUGCAGCCCAGAAAAUGGCUUGGGGCUGAGGGAGGAUGACAAUUCAGGGGGCUUGUGGGCAGCAGCAUCCAUGGAGGGGGUGUCGAUGGGCAAGAUGGUGGAUGCAGCAUCACGAUCCAAGCCCUGUCACUUUUGUCCUGCGUCUGCCACCUUGCCCCCACUGGUGUGACUCCAUUGGCCCAAGAAAGCGGGCCAGGAAGGAGCUUUCAGCUCAGCAGCGUGUCAGAAUGAUGUGCCAUCGCUUCCUGGCACACAUCCCAGACCAGAAGGAGAACUGGCCAGUGUAGGACCUAGGGAAGGGGAAAGGAGGGAGGGAUUGUGUCCACUGGGCAGAUGCCCUUUCAAAGCUGACCUGUGACUGUCCUCUGAGUUCUUUGUGCAGGUGAUCCUUUGGGUCUGUCUGUGACUCAGGAUAGCUUGGCAUCAGGUGCUCUGUUUCAAAAAUGGCGGGCAGGCUGGCUUGUUUGAACUUGGGUGAAUUGCACCUUAUUCAUACAUUGAUACUCCUGCUGUGUUCUGCCUUUCAAGAAUAGACUCCCUCCCCAGGGGCAGGGUGGCGAACGUAGGAGUCCAGGACUGGGUCAAGCUUUCUCUGUGCAGCACCGGGGCCCUGGUUCCUCCAGGGAGGAGAAUCAGGUUUCUGGCCCAGGCUCCAGCUGUUGGGGACAUAGCCGAUGCUGCGGUCAGACCCAGCUGCUCUUUUCGCCCCUGCGGAGCCAAAGGAUAAUCCGCCUGUCUUUACAUUAACCUGCACCUAAAAGAGCCUUGAUUUGGGGUUGAUAGAGAAUUGCUGCAGUGCAUAAAGCAAACUCUAAUUUAAAAUGCAAACAUGGAUAUGUUAUUAAUUAUCUCAGGAAGAGCUCUAGCAACAGCAGUUCACAAUAUCCUGUUAUUCAUAUUGCAUCAUGCCAUCUGUGGCAUUUUAAAGCUUUCUUUAAUGGAACAGGUUUAUUUAACUUUUAUGUCUUUAAUUAAAAUGUAUUAAAUUCAAUUUAAAAAUGA